AUGGGCACCGGUAAAGGUGGCGACAAUGUGGUUGUGGCCGUACGAGUACGACCAUUCAACGAUCGUGAGAAAGGUCGUAAAGCUCAGUUGAUCAUUGAGAUGCCCGAUGGACAGCGAACAUGUAUACGAGAUCCUAACAAUCCUUCCGAUGAGAAAUGGUUCACAUUCGAUCAUUCCUACUGGUCUCAUGACGGAUUCAAAACCGAAAAAAAUGGAUAUUUUUCCCCGGAAGACAGCCGAUAUGCCGAUCAGAAACGAGUGUUUGAAGAUCUUGGUAAGGGAAUCUUGGAAAACGCAUGGGCUGGCUAUAACUGUUCACUAUUCGCUUAUGGACAAACAGGAAGUGGCAAAAGUUACUCGAUCGUUGGAUUCAAGGGCAACAAAGGUAUUGUGCCAACAUUUUGCGAGGAACUUUUCAAGGACAUUGAAGCGAAAAAGGAGAACUCUAAAAAAGCCGGCUCGUACGAAGUGUUCAUUUCUAUGUUCGAAAUCUACUGUGAAAAGAUACGAGAUCUGCUCUCCAACAAAGAACCACCAAAGGGAGGUCUCAAACUGCGUGAACAUCCGAAGACCGGAUUCUAUGUGGAGAACCUGUCAAGUACACCGGUAAACUCGUACAAAGAAAUCGAGGCGAAAAUUGACCAAGGCACCAAAAAUCGAACAAUUGCUGCCACAAACAUGAAUGCAACCAGUAGUCGAGCUCACACUAUCGUGAAGUUACUUUUCGUGCAGAAGUCAUCGAAAUCCGGUGGUGGAACAACAACAAAGAAGUCCGAAAUCAAUCUUGUGGAUUUGGCCGGCAGUGAACGUCAGCGGGAUGCCGGUACUGAGGGGGAUCGAAUGAAGGAGGGAAUCGUCAUCAAUCAGUCACUAUCAACUCUCGGCCGAAUCGCUGCUAUAUCGCCUGCAGAUAUAAACUACGACGAAACGUUGUCCACCCUCAGUAUUCUAUUAAAACACUGCAGAUUUGCCGAUCGAGCAAAAGCAAUCAAGACGAACGCGAUAGUGAAUGAGAAUCAAACAGAGCGGCUACUCCGUGAAUUACGGGAGGAGAACGAACGCCUACAAAAUCAGCUGAAAGGAGGUGGAAGUGGAACAAAUGAAGAAAUCGAAUCACUUCGACGUCAACUUGAACAGAACCAGAAGGAAAUGAGCGAGUUGGAGAAGACAUGGCAGGAAAAAGUCGCUGAGGAAGCUGCUAAGGUGAAGGAAAUUUUCAAAGGUUUUUCCUGGAAAAUGAUCAGCAUAUCACGAGCUUAUUCCGUCACACUUUUUGAACUCCAAAGUACAUCUAUCGAGCAUCAAGCGAUUCAGAAACAGCGUCAAGAAAUUCCACACUUUUGGAACCUUAACGAGGAUCCGGCUUUGACUGACGUCAUCGUUCAUUUUCUACCCCCAGGACAAGUGACGAUUGGUACUGUUCAAUACAAUAUAGAAGCUGAAAUUCUCAUCAACGGCAAAAGGCUCGAAAAUACGAAGGAGCUGGCUCAAAAUGACAGAGUUCUGUUCGGAGGAAAUCACCUAUACGUUUUCAACAAUCCUACAAAGGGCGGAGCUAGGAAAGACAUCACUUAUGAAGAAGCGCAAAAGGAGAUCGCGCAAGGAGCCGGUAUUAACAUCUCAAAUGAUAGCGGCAAGAGCAAAGCUGACAUGAUUCUGGAGGAAGAAUUGAUUUCAAUGAUGCCAUUGGUCUAUCGGGCCAAUGCGAUGGCAGUCGAACUAAAGCGUAAUGUGAAAUUUGAAUUAGUACUGAUUUCACCGGAAAUGCGAGGGCUUCAUGAAGGAUUAACUGAGGAGCGUGAUCCAUUUUACGAGGCGCCAGAUUCGAGAACGUUCCUGGGCUCGGCGAUCGUCUUUCUGCAACCACUUGCCUAUUUGAUGGAUUCUGAAGAAACGUAUCCUAUUGUGGAUGUUCAAGGUUGUUCCACUUUAGCGUUUUAUUUAUACUACAGUAAGACGAACAGUGCUAACUUCAUUUCAGGAAAUGAGCUUGGAGAGCUCUCUGUAGUGCUAUCGCCAUGUAAUCCAUCGGGGAAAGAACUAAUCGGAGAGUAUGUUAGUGAUCCGAAACAAACCGUAAGUCAGCCCAGUUAA